AUGUCCUCUCAAUUCGAAAAAGCUGUGGCGUACGUCCAAGGUUUGGACAAGACGGCAUCGGGGCCGGAUGCUACUGUCAAGUUGGAGGCGAGUGAUGACUCUGUUGAAGAUCCUACUGUGGGAGAUGCAGAUCCGACCAAGGAACCCAGUAUGUUCGCUUUUGUGGAGGGUGCUAAAUGGAAGGCUUGGCACAGCAUCAAGGGAAUGUCGAAGACGAAUGCGGAGGAGAACUAUGUGAAGCAGCUUAUCAAAUACCUCAAGGAGAAGCACCCUGAUGAGCCCAUCCUGAAAGAGCUGGAGGGAUAA